UUUCAAACCUCCUGGAUAUUCAAAAUCUGAUCAUGACACAGUUAUUAUAUAAACACGACUUCGGGUGUGUACAUCGCGAGUGUAAACGUUAAAAUACUUUACUUGCUUGUGUAUAAGUACAGAGCAUUCAAAAAUGAGUGAAAACGGAGACAGUUUAUCUGACCAUAGUUAUGAAAAUCUACCCCCAAAGAAUGACCAGCUGACUGCAGGAACCAGCUCUGAAGGACGCUCUCUACCUGAACAUUUCAAAGCGACUCGCUUGAAGUUUCAACAAAUGGCGACAGUGGACAUGGAUGUAGGUCCUAAGCCAAAGACGAUGUCUGCGAAACACGUUCGUAAAACCAAACUGAAUAUGCAGCCUGAUGUGAGACCAAAAGAGAAUAAAACGGAUACGAAGCAAUGUCCAUCUAUACCAAACCAGUCAUCGACAGAUGUAUCGCGUAAAAACGGACAAGGCAUACGCAAGCCACACGAGGUUUGCGCAGAUGAUGUAAUGCCAUUCGAAUCUCGAGUCAAGCCACCGAUACCAGGCCCUAGACAUCGUAGUAUAGACACGUGCACCAUAUCCUCAGAAGGAGCAUCUGGGGGAUAUCCCAUAGACUCAGUUUCAAUGCGUGUGUCUAGUGGCAGUAACAUAGAACAAGCAGUAGCUCAAGCAUCUUCAUACACAAAGACAAAUACAAAUAUGAAAGAGCGGCUCUGUUUUGGGCAAGAUAGCGCAAAUGAAAUACCGUAUGGUGGAAGCGACUUUGUUCAAGUUACGGGUAGUCAUAAAAAACAUAUUUUGUGUCAGCCAAACCAAACAUCAGACCAAGAAGAGAAAAGAAAUGACCUGCAGGGUAAAAGGUCUGCUUUCCAGGACCUACAUAUCCAUGUGCAUUUCUAUAAUGAUGAUGGCAAAAACCACGACCAGAACGGUACGAUUGGUGACAAGUUUGAGGACGAUGAUUCAGCGAGCCAAAGCAGUACUCGCCGAAUGAGACAAUCGGCAGUUCCAUCUCGAGGAAGACAUCCUAUUCACAUCCAUAUUCAUGGGGACAGCAUGGAUAUCGUAAAACAAAAACAGACGCCAAAACAGAGAUAUGAGACAGUAGACAUAGACAGUGACUCGGAAGAUACUGAAAAAGAAUAUUCACCAUUAAACGAUGAAUCCGUUUUCAAUGAGAUCAAUGUCAUUUCAUCUUCGCCUCCUGAACCUGCUCCGACAGUUCCUCCAAGGAAGCCCAUCACAUCGAAUGCACCGUCCUGCCUAGAUAAAGCUUAUGAAAAACCUGACGAUUGGAGAUACGACGAUGGAAAAUCUACAACCAAAUCACAGCAGUCCUCUUUUGUACCAGAAAGAAAAGCCAGGACAGGAACUCCUUCCUGGAUUCUACCAUACAAAGACUACGACCUUCCAGACGCGAAAGUUUUGGAGAUCUUUAACUCGGACCAGUCUUUGAAAAACCAAGUGAUGGAGCUGUAUGGCAAUCCAUGGUUUUACCUGUACCCAGACGUUAAUGAUGCUCAUAAAUACCUCAGUUUGAGGAAUGAAGAUGGUUGCUUUGCACUUGUGGCUGAAAACAUCGAGGGUAGCCCUUUUCAACCGUUCACCAUCACUGUGAUCAAAGAAAAGAGACAUAUUCGCGUACCAAUAUUAAAAACAACCUCUGACGAUAGCCAUUCGCCAUCUAAACUGAUGUUAUUUGAUAAAUCCUAUGACACCAUUGUCGAACUUCUUGACGAUCUGAUUUGCAACAGCAACAAAGAGCUUGGUUUCAAGUUAAGAAAGCCGAACGAUGCAUCUAAAUAUCAAACCAAUACUUCAUCGUAAAAGAGUGUUAAGUAGAAGAGUGUUACGUUGAGUUUGCAUCUCAUCAUGCACAUAACAAACAAAGAACACAGGCGAAAUUGAAACGCAUUACUUCUUCAUUGUGUAAAUAUAGGGUCGUCGUAGCGUAAUGGAUACGGUGUCCACCCAGUUGCUGGGAGGUGACGGUUUCGAUCCCAAAUGUGGAGCGUUCUCUAAAUCUCUCUAAAGACACCAAGAACUGGUUCUAGGCCCAGGAAACGGACUCGAGAGCGUUUCAAUAAGCCUGAGGCUUUCUAUGCAACCGAGCUAAAAUAAAUAAAGAAAAUAAAUCAUCAGGUUUAAUUAAACAUGAGCUUAAAUAAAUUGGUUUAACCUACUAUCUUCCUCAGACGGUAUUAUGUCGUCUGGCUUAUUUAAAACAUCUUGUUUUACAAUCUAGAAAAUAAUAACAUGAUUUCAUGGAUGGUGUUUUUAAUAAUGCGUAUGCCUUUGCCGCGUGGUUUCGUUUUAUAAACACUUUCACAAUCAAAAUGUGCGAUUCAUCCCGUUCGCUUUCAGGAAUGCAAAGUGACACUUAUUUUUCAGUAUUUGUCUGUAGUUUUUAUAACCGUGCAUUCAAUUGUCGGCCGGUUAAUAAACAUGUGUUAAAAUAUAUUAUAUCUGUAUAUAUUAAAGUGUGUGUUCAACGUUCUCUCCUAGAUAGGAUUUAGCAAAAUUAUGUUUCAGUACGCAUACUUCUCACAAUUUGGAAGUAAAUGUAUACAUAGUGUAAAAACAAUUUAUAAUUAGUAAUAAUGUGAAAUAUAUUUUGUUUAUAGUAAGAAUAUAUAAAUUACAACCUUA